ACCAAAGUGCCAAGUCACACGCACAAACAUUUUCUUUUCUAAUUUUUACCUACUUCCGACUUUGGUUCUCUCUCACUCUCCAACUUGCAUUCAAGUAACAACAACAAACUGAACCUCCCUUCAGAUCGAACACAACUCACUCCUCAAACAAGACCAAGAUUCUCCCCCAGUGGUGCAGUUGAAGGGCCGUGAGGAUGUUAGAGAAAGUGGGGGAGUUUAACAUGGAUAAAGUUAUACAAGAGUUUGAAUUAUUGACACGGGAUGCAGAAAGGGUUCAGAGGGAAACACUGAAGAGGAUUUUGGAGGAUAACGCAUCAGCAGAGUACUUGCAGAGUUUGGGUCUCAAUGGAAGAACUGACCCUGAGAGUUUCAAGGCCUGUGUUCCACUGGUCACCCACAAAGAAUUGGAACCUUAUAUCUACAGAAUUAUUGAUGGUGAUGCUUCUCCUAUUCUCACUGGAAAACCCAUCACAACCAUGUCAUUAAGUUCUGGCACUACCCAGGGGAAGCCAAAAUAUGUACCUUGGAAUGAUGAAUUGUAUGAAACCACAAUGCAGAUAUACCAGACCUCUUUUGUCUUUAGAAACAGGGAGUUUCCUAUAAAAAAUGGGAAGGCUUUAAGCUUUAUAUACGGUAGCAAACAGUUGAAAACAAAGGGGGGUCUGGCGGCUAGAACUGCCACGAGCAACGUGUUCUGUAGUGCUGGUUACAAGUGUGCAAUGAGGGCACUCCAAUCCCAAUGCUGCAGCCCGGAUGAAGUGAUAUUUGGUCCUGAUUUUUUCCAAUCACUGUACUGCCAUCUGUUGUGUGGUCUGAUUUUCCGGGAGGAAGUUCAGUUUGUGUCUUCCACAUUUGCACAUAGCAUUGUCCAUGCUUUUAGAACCUUUGAACAAGUGUGGGAAGAGCUGUGUAACGAUAUCAGAGAAGGGGUUCUCACCAGAAAUGUCACCAUUCCUUCCAUUCGAAUGGCCAUGUCUAAACUGCUCAAACCAAACCCUGAAUUAGCCAACACGAUCCACCAAAAAUGCAGGGGAUUGAGCAACUGGUACGGGUUAAUACCAGAGCUUUUUCCUAAUGCAAAGUAUAUUUAUGGCAUCAUGACUGGGUCGAUGGAGCCUUAUUUGAAAAAAAUGAGGCAUUAUGCUGGGGAGCUGCCUUUGUUGACUGCUGACUACGGAUCUUCUGAGGGAUGGAUAGCAGCUAAUGUGAACCCACAACUUCCUCCUGAGUAUGCCACUUAUGCUGUGCUUCCUCACAUUGGUUACUUUGAAUUCAUUCCUCUCUCAGAGUUUGAGAACACCAAGGGUGAACCUGAUUUCCUCUGUGUUGAUCCUAAGCCCAUGGGCCUGACUGAAGUCAAGGUUGGUGAAGAGUAUGAAAUUGUUAUGACGAAUCCAGCAGGUUUAUACCGGUAUAGAUUAGGGGAUGUGGUGAAGGUUAUGGGAUUCCACAAUUCAACUCCAGAACUCAAGUUUAUUCGAAGGAGCAGUCUUCUGCUCAACAUUAACAUCGACAAGAACACUGAGAAGGAUUUACAAUUAGCCGUGGAAGCUGCAGGGAAGUUGCUAGCAGAGGAGAAACUGGAAGUAGUUGACUUCAGUAGCCAGGUUGAUUUAUCCAAAGAACCAGGGCACUAUGUCAUCUUCUGGGAAAUCAGCGGAGAAGCGAGCCAAGAACUACUCCUCGAAUGCUGUAACUGUUUGGACAAGUCUUUCGUUGAUGCAGGCUACACCAGUUCGCGCAAAGUGAACUGCAUUGGUGCCCUCGAACUACGACUUGUUCGGAGAGGAACAUUCCAGAAGAUUCUUGAUCAUUACCUAGGACUAGGAACCGCUGUUAGUCAAUACAAGACACCAAGAUGUGUUGGUCCUACAAACACCAGAGUUUUGCAAAUCUUGAGUGAAAAUGUUGUGAACAACUAUCUCAGUACCGCUUUCAAUUGAAUAAAAUUUAGGAACAACAAUCUAUUAUAAAGUUCACUUAGUUUUACCACUUUGUGCAGCUUUCUAGCUAGCAUUCUUCUCUUUAUUUAGGCCAUUCUCAACCCUUUCUUCGAGUCAUUGUCCAAGUAUGUUUGGCUUUGCAUGGUUUAUUUAUCACGCAGCAGAUUCCUCUCUCAUCAUAUAUUACGCUCUCUGCAACACCUAUGUCAUGUCGUUAGUACCAAGUAUUGAAAGCUGAAGGCCAUGGUUGUCGGGCGAGAGGGUGAAAUAUCAUGCGAAUCCUUUGGACUCAAGUGUGCAGAACAAUACCAAAUAAACAGAAAAAUAGCUUAAGAUCAUCUUUAAUGAAGCUUGUUUAUAGAGUUCUUAAAUUUAAAUAUAAUUUUUUCCUGUUAGAGCAA